AUGACCUUUCAAAACCUGCAUGUUUUGGGAUUUAGGCCCGAGGCUCGUAAAUUGACGGCUCUGGGUGUCUUCUCUGCCUUACUGCGGCCGCGAGAUACAUUCAGUCGGGGCCGGAAACCCUCCAAGAGCAUCGUACAGAACCUAAACGGCGUCAUAAGCAAUGGGGAACUGCUACUUAUCCUAGGACGACCUGGAGCUGGGUGCAGUACGGUCGCAAAAACAUUGUGUGGGAAGCUUGACGGGCUGAAGCUAGAUCCUGAAUCGGUCUUCCAUUACCAUGGCAUUCCACACCAACAGACACCCGAGAAUGUCAAGAGAGCAAUUCUUUACAACUACGGAACCGACAAACACUUCUCACAUUUGACGGUUGGCCAGACUUUGGAGUUCGCAGCAUCAAUCCGAGCUCCCACCGAAAGACUACAGGGAAUAACACGGACAGAAUAUGCAAAAGCUAUAACAAAAGUUGUUGUAGCCGUGUUCGGUCUGAGUCACACAUAUAGCACUGAAGUCAAAGACGUGACAGAGGGUGAGCGCAAGCGAGUUAGUAUUGCCGAGGUAAUCCUGUCGGGAGCAUCUUUAGCUGCAUGGGACAAGUCAACUCAGAGCCUAGCUUCAACAGAGGCAUUGAAGUUUGUGCAGUCUUUGCGGCUGGUAGCAGAUUUGGGUUCAUCUUCCCAUGUUGUGGCCGCUUAUGAAGCUAGCGAAGCAAUGUAUGAUCUAUUUGACAAGACUCUGUUGUUGUACGAAGGCCGCCAGAUAUUCUACGGCUCUUCUUCUGAGGCUAAGGGCUUUUUCGAGCGCCAAGGGUGGUAUCGCCAUCCACACCAGAGUACUGCCGAAUUCCUCACUUCAAUUACCAAUCCCACGGAGAGGCAGCCACGUCGGGGUAUGGAGAACAGAGUCCCUCGAACCCCGAAAGACUUUGAGACGUACUGGUGCCAGUCCCCAGAGUAUCAAGAGCUACAGAGGGAGAUGAGUGGUCAUAAGCAGAUUGUGGGUGCUCACUCGAGAGAACGCCUGCUCGACCCUGAACUGGACGAAGAACAGAAACAGCUGAGAAAGACGCAAUUUGGUUCGCAGUAUCCCGGUAUAUUGCUGCAAGUAAGACUCACCACCAUUCGCGCUUAUCAGCGAGCUUGGAACGAACGUGCUUCAGCAGCAUGCAAGAUUACAGUGAACUUCAUUAUAGCCCUGUUGAUCGGCUCAAUGUUUUACAAUACACCUGCAACGACCGCUGGAUUCUUCUCGAAGGGUUCCGUGCUUUUCUACCUAGUGAUGCUCAACUCCUUCCUGCCACUAACCGAGUUGAGCAGUCAACUUUCCCAGCGUCCGGUGGUGGAAAAGCAUGCCUCAUUUGGCUUCUACUACCCCAUGGCCGAAUCACUCGCCAUUUUAUUGAGUGAAAUCCCCAAGAAUUUCCUUCUCGUCCUUGUGAACACCAUUGUCAUAUACUUCAUGAGCAACCUUCGCCGCGAACCUUCGCAAUUCUUCAUAUGCUUUCUUAUCAACUUCGUGUUGAUCCAUGUGGCUAGUGCAGCCUUCCGGAUGACAGCGGCAGUGACAAAGACACUCGCGCAAGUACAAGCCCUCGCUGGGAUGCUGGUACUUUGGGUUUUCAUAUUCACGGGCUUCAUUAUCCCGGAGCCUCGAAUGCCCCAUUGGUUCGAAUUUGUCCAUGAUAUCAACCCCAUAUAUUACGCAUAUGAAGCCCUAGUCGCCAACGAGUUCCACGGUCGGGAGUUUGGCUGUGCCGAGUUCGUACCCUCUCAGCCCAACCUCCAGACUAAUGCAUAUAUUUGCUCAGCUGUCGGGGCUGUUGCUGGACAUCGUACUGUUAGUGGUGACGACUAUAUCUGGCAGACCUACAGGUAUACCUACGACCAUGUGUGGAGAAACUUUGGUAUUCUUAUUGUUUUCCUGGUCGGUUGGAUGGGUCUUUAUUUCGUUGUGACGGAGUUCAUUGCACACUCAACUAUUCAUUUCGGAAGCAAAUCGGCUUAUCUCAGGCACGAAGAGCAUCGCAAAGACGAAGAAGCUGGAAAAGGCCCGGUGACUCCAGACCAAGAUACCACUGGCAAUGUGAGACAGAAUAAAUUCAGUUUCAUUGAACCUCAGCGAAAUGACUUGAGCUGGCGCGAUGUGGUAUGCGAAAUCCACACAAGUAGUGGAAACCAUCGGAUUCUGGACCAGGUGACUGGUUGGGCCAAGCCAGGGACGAUAACGGCGUUGAUGAGCCAUAACAGUGUCCAGAAGGCUGAACUACUGAAGGUGUUGGCACAGCGUUUCACAACAGGUACAGUUAGUGGAGACAUACUCUUCAACAACUGCCUUCUGAGCUCGAAUUUCCAGCGGAAGAUGGGCUAUGUUCAACAACAGGAUAUUCAUUUGGACACAGCAACUGUUCGCGAGGCUUUGCGGUUUAGCGCAGUGCUACGUCAACCACACUCCGUCUCCAAGGAGGACAAACACACGUAUGUUGAGCAAAUAAUCAAGGCACUGGAAAUGGAGGACUAUGCCGACUCUGUCGUUGGAGUGGUUGGAGAAGGCUUGAACGUCAAGCAGCGGAGGCUUUUGAGUAUAGGAGUAGAAUUGGCUGCGAAGCCAGAGAUUCUGUUCGUGGAAGAGCCUGUCAGCGGUCUCGAGGUGCAAAAUUCACGCGCAAUCUACCGUAUUCUUCAAAAAUUGGCAGACGCCGGACAGACAAUAAUCUGCACGCUGCAACCCAGCAUGAUGGCAUUCAAGCAAGUUGACCAGCUCCUAUUCCUCUCCGGCGAGGGUAGAACUGUAUACUUCGGAUCCACCGGCGAGAAUGCACAGCCUUUGCUAGACUAUGUCGAAUCCAACGGUGCCUCCCGGGCCCUCAGACAAGACGAAGAUGCCGCCGAAUACAUAGUUGAGAUCCUCUCCACGGCCACCAACAAAUAUGGGGAGACCUGGCCCGAUAUCUGGGCCAAAAACAACCAAGUUGACCCCAUCCACGAAGAAUUCGAGAACGUUCACACGCAGAACAACAACAACCCAAAAGACAACAAAGAAUUCGCCAUCCCACUACACCUCCAAUUCCCCAUCAUCUUCCGCCGAACCCUCCAACAAUACCGGCGCUCACCCCUCUCCAUCCUAUCCAGAAUCCUCCUCCAAAUAAGCGCCGUCCUCAUCAUUACCUUCUCCUUCUACAAACACGGCACCUCAAUCAGCGGCCUCCAAGAAACCAUCUUCUCCGCAUUCAUGAUCUGCACUCUCUUCAUCCCUAUCGUCCACCAAAUCAUCCCCUUCCUCACCAAACACCACACAAUAUACCAAACCCGCGAACGCCUCACCAAAACCUACUCCAGCAAAGUCCUCAUCCUAUCCCUCAUCCUGACUGAACUCCUGUACCAAAUCCCCCUCAGCAUCUGCAUCUGGGCAAUCUACUACUACCCCAUCUCAGACACCACCACCACCACCCAAUCCACCCCCCGCCAAGGCCUCAUCCUCCUCUUCUUCAUCCAAUUCUUCCUCUACGCCCUCUCCUUCGCCCUCCUCACCAUCUCCACCUCAACCCUCAUACUAGCCACCUGCACAUUCAUGGCCCUGACCUUCAACGGCGUCAUGCAACCUCCCCACGCCCUCCCCGGCUUCUGGAUGUUCAUGUACCGCGUCUCCCCAUUCACAUACUUCGUUGCAGGCGUUACUUCUACCCAGCUCCAUGGCGUGGCGGUUGAUUGCAGCAGUGCUGAGUUGGCGGUGUUCGAUCCGCCCCCGGGGCAGACUUGUGUUGAGUAUCUGGGUGAUUAUUUGAAAACGGUGCCGGGGCGGUUGAUAAGCCCGGAGGCGAUGACGAGUUGUGAGUAUUGUCCAUAUUCAACUGCGGAUCAGUUCCUCGCGGAGAGGGACUAUCGGUUUGAUCGGAGAUGGAUGGAUUUUGGUGUCGGGUGGGCUUUUGUGGGGUUUAAUCUGGGGGUUGCUGUGUUGGUUUAUUAUGUCUUUUGGGGGAGGAGGUGGAGGUCGAGGUUGGGGGCUUGGGAGAGAGUUGUGAUGUGGUGGAGGAGGUUUACAAGGUAA